ACACACUGAUGUCAAACUAUGAUUACAACCACAGCGUUUUAUUUUCGUCCCCUACAGUACUUAUUCCAUAGAUGUAUUCUGACCGCUCUGACAAUCAAAUCUGUCAAAAAAAUAGAAUUGCAUGUUUCAAUUGUUAAAUGAUGAUCGGAGAUUGAACACUAAAAAUGACUUGCAAGGAUGAAGGUGACUUCUGGGCCCAGAACAAAAACAGCGACCCCUUUGUGAUGGUGCUGAAAAACAGAUACGAACUCUGCGAGGACCUCAAGUACGUCAUUUCCGUUCCAGAUCUAUGCGACGUCCUGUUUCUUGUUGGACCGGAAAAGACGCCCGUGUACGGCAUUCGAGCAAUUCUUGCAACAAGAAGCAGAUUGAUGUACCAAAUGAUUUUAAGAAGCCAGCAAUCUACAAACACUGUGGCUAAAGAAACAUCUACUAUCAAGAGGGGACUGAAGUCCGUCAAGCAGGCUUUGAGCAGAAAGAAAGCCAGCCCCAAGACGAUGCGACCCAGCCCCGACAAGGUCACGAUUGAGGUCAAGGACUUUGAGGUGGGCGUGUUUGAGCGCCUGAUGCGGUACAUUCAUUGCGGUGUGGUGGCCGUAGAUCCCAGGACUGUGGCAGGUAUGAUCAACGCCGCUAAGAUGUUCGAAUUUCCGGAUCUUCACGCUGCAUGCUGGGAGUUCGCCAUGGAGUGCAUGCGCCCCGACACACUGCCCCUGAUGGUAGAGGGGGCCACCUUGUACAGUCAAUUCAAAGAAACCAGAAAACUCAUGCAGAAGGUGAUUUCUUACCUGGGAGAUACCCCUGACGUUAUUCAAUGUUGUCCGGAAAUUCAGAGCCUGAUUCCACUUCGUUCAGAUGAAUUCAUGUGCUAAUUCAUAGAAAUGUUCACUUGUUCCAUAGACAUGAUUAUAAUAAUUCAUAGUCAUGUUCGUUCGUUCCGUGGUCAAGUUCAUGUUUAUGUGUUAAUUCAUAGACUUGAUAAGACAUGAUAAUUUCAUUGUAUUCAUAAACAUAAUCAUGAUCAUGUUUUAAUUCACAAACCUUUCUUUGUUUAUGUAUGUAAUUUACAGACAUGAUUUUGUUCAUGCAUAAGUUGAUUCAUAAAAUAUAAUCAUGGACUUUUCAAAUGUUCCGAAACCGAGGAUGAAAUGUGAACUUUGGAACAUAGUGACCACGAUUUCUACAACAGUGCCAAAAGUUACACCAGUCUGAAGUAACACAAAAUGUAUAUUUGUAUAACUAUUUAUUUGUAAAUAAAUGUAUCGAUCCCGUACAAAGUAAUA